CAUUUUGAUUACUAAAAAAAUUGCGUCUUGCUUAUCCACCAAAAAUACAAACCCCAACGGUACAAGAAUUGAAUGCAUCUGAUUUGUUGAACCCACCUUGGAAAGCUCCAUCAAUCUGUUCGCCGUAUGUGAAUGUGUCGUUGGCAAUGGAGUUGAGCGUGAUUGGAGAGGGGUUUUAGCUUGAGUAUGCAGAGUUGUUUGGAGGGAGAAAGAUGAUUGUGUUCAAAACUCUUCGGAAACACACUUUAUCUCAUCAAAUCGCCAUUGGGGAACAAAGGAGAUGGAAGAAGAAGCUAGUGGAGUCAGCCCAAACCCGUCUCGAGAACAGAACAAGAGACUCUAAGCUCGACAAACUCGCCACCAAACUCAAAACCCUCAAAACCAUUCUCUCAAUCCACCAACUCCUCUCCACUCGAAAGCGCGGUCCCUUCGUCUCCGUUCAGUUGAUGUCUCGCUGGAAAAACAUUCUCGGAUUAAAUGUCCACAUGGGGAAGUUUAUCCACAAAUACCCUCAUGUUUUCCACGUAUUUACACACCCUUUGAAGAGAAAUUUUUGUUGUAAAUUGACUGCUAGAAUGAAAUAUUUGUUAGAUUUAGAAGAUAGUGUUAUAAAACAGUGUGAAUUUGAUGCUGUGAGUAGAAUCAAGAAGUUGUUAUUGAUUUCCCAAAAUGGGUCUCUUCAUGUUCAUGCUUUGAGGUUGAUUAGAAGAGAAUUGGGUUUGCCUGAAGAUUUUCGGGAAUCUAUUUUAGGGAAAUAUAGUAGUGAUUUUAGGUUGGUUGAUUUGGAGAUUGUUGAAUUGGCUAAUAGAGAUGAGAAUUUAGGUGAUGCAGCUGUUGAAAAGUGGAGGGAGAAUGAAUAUGAAGAAAAAUGGUUAAGUGAAUUUGAGGUUAAGUUUGCAUUUCCUAUUAAUUUUCCCACGGGGUUUGAGAUUGGGAAAGGGUUUAGGGAAAAGUUGAAGAAUUGGCAACGGCUUCCUUAUAUUAAGCCUUAUGAGAGGAAACAGAACUCGGUGAGGGUUCGUACUUGUGGAGGGAUUGAGAGGUUUGAGAAGCGUGCGGUUGGUAUAAUUCAUGAGCUGUUGAGCUUGACAGUUGAAAAAAUGGUUGAGGUUGAGAGGUUGGUGCAUUUCAGGAAGGAUUUGGCUAUGGAAAUUAAUGUGCGAGAGUUGCUCCUUAAGCACCCUGGGAUUUUUUAUAUAUCUACAAAAGGGAGUACUCAAACAGUAUUUCUUAGAGAGGCCUAUAGUAAAGGAUGUUUGGUUGAACCCAAUCCGGUUUAUGAUGUUAGAAGGAAAAUGUUGGACCUUAUCUUGUUAGGGUGUCGAAAUACUAGAGAAUUGCAACACGAAGAAGACAUUAAGGAGCAGAGUGACAAUGGAGUUGGUAAAAUACAUGAGGGAGGUACAGGAGAUGGUGAUUGGGUUAUUCCAAUAUUAGAGAGUUCUCAGAAUGGGAAUUCAGAUGAUAAUUUUGGGCAGAUAUGUAGUUUAUUUGAAGAAGAUUUUGAUAGCUGCUCUGAGCAAAGUAGUAGUGAAAGUGAACAUGCUUUCAGGGGUGAUUUAAAUUAACGAGAUGUCAAACUUUUACUCUUGCAACAUGAUGUCUUAUAUUAUUCAAAUAGCUUUGAUUAUAGCAGCAUGCCUUGGAGAAGUUUGAGCAAGAAAUACAUUUAGUAAUUUGCCUCAAAAUAUGAUGAUGGAAGCUACCCAAUUGGCUCAGGGGCCUAGGGUUUGAGGAAACUAUGGCACAGAAUCAACUGUAUGCACAAGUUCUUUGGACAGCUGAUUGGAUGUGAAUGAAGAUUAAGUCUCGUUUGGUUUCAGUUACCUUGGAUUAAAGUUUGACCAAUUCCAAGGUGCAGAAAUUACCUGAAAAUGAAAAUUGAUGCUUAGCAAGCAUUGGAUGUUCUAGAAAGUGGCAUGUUGAAGCAGUGAGUUAUGACAUAGAAAUGGCAAGGACAUUUGUCAAAUAUUCUUGCAAUUAGAUAAGUAAUUUUCUUAAGACUUUGUUCAAUGAUUCUUCAAAUAUACUUGCUAUUAGUCCUUGACCUGCAAAGG